CCUCUAAAACCUCAUCUUCUCCAUUUAUUUCUCCCAUUCUUUCUCCUUUUCUCAAUAAUUAAUUAAUUAAUUAAUUAAUUAAUUAAUCCUCUCCUUAAUUAACUCUUAACAUCCCCAAGCAUAUCUAUAUUUUCAUCAGCAUCAUUCAUUUUCAACACACGCCUGCACUUAUUAUCUGAUAGUGAAUGCAUAGAUUUCUUUAACUCGAUACGCUUUCAUUGAUAAUCAAUGGUAGUUCGGACUCACCAUCCUUCAAGAUUCCUCUUCGUCAACAAAAAAUUUACUGAGCAGUAACGGACAAGAAGAUAAUAAUUGCUCGUUGCAGCUCCAGGACACUCCUUUCACUUUCAUCAAAGCUGGGGUAGUUGAUUCAAGAAAGCGAUCAAGAGAAGUUUCGUCCGUGGAUAAUAAUAUUCAGCUCUCUUCUGCGGCUGCUCCGAUGAACCCUCCACCGUCAAAACCGCCGCAAGUUAUUGCUUUGAGCGCGUUGUUGCAGAAUCGUAACGGGAAAACACUUAACGUGGUUUCCACUGGUCUUCGUUUAUCUCAUGAGCAGUCACAGAGUCAAGAACAGCUGCUUUCGUCUUCUUCUAUGCGUCCUGGAGAUCUCGCCGGAGAAUCAGAACGCCAAAGAGACGAACUCGACAGUUUCAUUCAAACUCAGGGUGAGGAGCUUCGGCGUGCGUUAGCGUUGAACGGAGAAAGGCGUUACGUAGAGCUAUUAUACGCCGCGGAGGAGUUAGCGGGACGGAGGGUGAGAGAAAAAGAAGCAGAGCUAGAGAAAGCCACGCGCCUUCACGCCGAGCUAGAGGCGCGUGCAGCUCAGCUUACGGAAGAAGCGCGAGCGUGGCAGUUAAGAGCUGCGACGCGGGAAGCCGAGGUUUAUUCGUUACAGGCUCAUCUCCAAAAAGCCAUCGCGAGCCAAGCUACGGCGGAGAAACAGAGUACGAUCGGCGGCGAGACGGAGGACGCCGAAUCGGUCUUCGUGGAUCCGGAGCGGAUAGAAUUGAUCGGACCUAGGUGUAGGAUUUGCAUGCUGAAAUCGGCGACGGUGAUGGCAAUGCCGUGCCGACAUUUGAUUCUUUGUAAAGGAUGCGACGGAGGCGGCGGCGCUGUGCGUGCCUGUCCGAUUUGCCUCGCCGUUAAGAAUUACGGUGUCGAAGUUCUAUAUGUUUGAUUAUGAUUUAUAAUUUAUCGGCCCGUUUUUAAGCC